AUGGCUGAACCACCUUCAUUGCCCUAUGCUCGAGAUGAGGGAUCCACUUCUCAGCCACAUUCUGCUUAUCCACCUUAUCCAGCAGAAGCCUAUGAACCCCAUGAAGGGUUCUUAGAUGAGGUGGAAGAAGAACAUAUAGAAGUAGCAGCUGCGUUACAGUAUUGGGCAGCAAAGAGACAUAGAGGGAAAGGAAAAGCUAAAGAAGAAGAAGAUGAUGAUCCAUCAACGAAAACACCUUGGAGACUUCGAUCAAAGCUUAAAACAGUCACGGCAGGUUUAUUCAUCUGUUUGAAUAUAGGUGUGGAUCCUCCAGAUAUAGUGAAGACGAAUCCAUGUGCAAAGACGGAAUGUUGGAUUGAUCCUACUCAAUUACCAUCAAAUAAAGCAAUUGAAGCUAUUGGAAGAAAUUUACAUCAACAAUUCGAAACGCUAAACCCUAAAGUCAAAUAUAAAGCUUUCCUCGAUCCAUCAAUAGAAGAGACAAAGAAACAGAGUAUAAAUAUGCGAAGAUCAUCAAAGGAUGAAAGAGUAGUAUUUUACUAUAAUGGUCACGGUGUACCCAAACCUACUCCUUCCGGUGAAAUAUGGGUUUUCAACAAGAAUUAUACACAAUAUAUCCCGGUCAGUCUGUAUGACCUCCAGGAAUGGCUUGGAUCGCCGUGUAUAUACGUCUGGGAAUGUUCAGGUGCAGGGAAUAUCCUGAAUAAUUUCGCCAAAUCCGCUGAGAGACGAGAUAAUGAGGCUAAAACAGCGCAAACUCAAGCUGGACAUACUGAUGGGUUACCAGGAACGCCUUACUCCGAAGCAUUACAUCUAGCGGCUUGUUCAGCAAAUCAAAUCCUUCCCAUGUCACCAGAUCUUCCCGCAGACUUAUUUACAUGUUGUCUCACCUCUCCAAUCGAAACUGCGUUGAGACAUUUCGUUCUCCAAGAUCCCUUAAGACGGAAUGGUGGAUUAGAUCCCAAUGAUCCAAGAUCUAGAAUAACGGUAGAUAUGGUUAUGAGAAUCCCAGGUGAUCUGAAAGAUAGACGUACACCUCUUGGAGAGUUAAGUUGGAUCUUCACGGCUGUCACGGAUACUAUCGCUUGGUUGUCUUUCCCUAGAGAUGUCUUCAAUCGUCUAUUUAGACAAGAUCUAUUGGUCGCUGGAUUAUUCAGAAACUUCUUACUUGCCCAAAGGAUCAUGUCGGCGUAUCAUUGUACACCUACGUCAAUACCUGAAAUACCAUCAGCACACAAUCACCCCUUAUGGCAUUCAUGGGAUUUAGCAGUUGACGCUUGUCUUGCCCAGUUACCGGAAUUAUUAGAUCUCGAAGCGGCUAGAGAAGCUGGACAAUCAAAUGUAGCGCCUUUGAGCGUUUACAGACCCUCAACAUUCUUUGCGCAACACCUACAAGCCUUUGAAGUAUGGCUUCAACAUGGCGGAGCUGUUCCUAACCGUCUGGCACCAAAACCGAAAAAGGAUGUACCGAUACCACGAUCACCUCCUGAACAAUUGCCCAUUGUACUUCAAGUCUUACUUUCACAAUCUCAUCGUCUUCGAGCAUUGAUACUUAUAUCAAGAUUCGUCGAUCUUGGACCGUGGGCAGUACAUCUAUCCCUAUCAAUCGGCAUCUUUCCCUAUGUUCAGAAGCUGUUAGCUUCCCCCGCAGUUGAACUGAAACCUGUUUUGAUUUACAUCUGGGCUCGAAUACUGGCUAUCGAUCGAACGUGUCAAGUUGACUUACUUCGAGAUUCAGGUUUCACCUAUUUCACGCAAAUACUCGCGCCUUUCCCACAAGCGGGAUCUUUGGUCAUCCCGAAUGCAAAUGAGCAUCGUGCGAUGUCAGCUUUCAUCUUAUCGAUCUUAUGUCGAAAUUUCAAACCUGGACAAACAGCUUGUCUCGGCGUACAAGUAUUCGAUUCUUGUGUAGCGAGGUUAGCUGAAGAUGAUUGGCUUCUGAAGACCUGGUGUCUCCUCUGUAUUUCACAAUUGUGGGCAGACUACGAUGAAGCAAAGGCGUUAUUCAUGCAAUCUCAAAGACAGAAUGAGCUCCUCGCCGCAUUAAGGAGUACGGCUGUGGAAGUUAGAGCAGCGGCAUUAUACGCUUUUGGAACACUACUUGGUGCAUCGAGUGCUCCUGUUGAGAUGGAUGCUAAAGGCGGUGGAGGUACAGGAGCUCAAUUAGGAUUAUCUGAUAUACAACAAUUGGAGAUAGAAGCUGGAUUAGCAUUCGCUUGUAUGAUGUCAGUGAAAGAAGAUGCUUCGCCAAUGGUGAGAAAAGAAUUGGUAGUGGUGAUAAGCUGCGUGGUCAGAGAAUGGAGAGGAUGGUUAGUGUGUGCCGCAUGGGCAUACUAUGAACAAGAAGUUGCAAUAGCAUCAGCUGAAUCAGGGAACAAAUCUGCGAAAGAAGAUAAUGUUGAAGAUGUAGUGGCAGAGGCUUUAGAUGAAUGGACCAAAAACCCAGAUAGACAACCUCACGAACAUCAACAUAAUUUAACGCUCUUGAGCAGUUUCAAAGUCCUUUUUGAAACCUUACUGGAUCUAUCGGUAGAUCCACAUACGGAAGUAGCUUUAAUGGCAUCGACAGUGGUAGAUUACAUAGUGGCUCUACUACUCGAUUCAGCGUUCACAAGAGUGAAAGGAUCCGCAAUAAGGGAUCUGUUGAAAAAGCAAUCUAGACCCAAAGCAUUAUCGAGACAAAUCUCGACGGCUUUCUCGGAUGCAGGAGGAAGUAGAAUAACUUCUAAUGGUCCUAUACCACCUCAAAUGCAAAGAUCAAAUACUGCUCAAUCGAUAAAUGGGAAUACUUCUACAAAUACAAAUGGAAAUGGAAGUCCAAGUCACCCAGGAUCAAGUAAUUUGAAACGAAAUAGUAGUGUUGCAAACGCUUUAAGAAGUCUGGCGACUAUGACAGGAUUUAUACCAUCCGAUUCACCAGAUCUGAACAACAGUACUCAUUCACAAAAUUCUCAAGACACCUCAUUCAAAGUAACUCAACCUUCCACGCCUACUUAUCCAGGAUCGAAUUCAAAUGGAUAUAAAUCACCUUAUCCAGAUUCAACACAUGAACGCAUAUUACCUGAUACUCCUGGAUCAACCUCAGGACCAGGAACAUCAGGAUUAGCAUCAGGAAUAAAUCAAAGAGGUCAUUUAGGUUUAUUGAAUAAUUCGAUAAGAUCAAAGUCAAAUUACGGUACAACAAGUUUAUUAUCUAAAUUAGAUCAAUCUCUAGUCAAAGCUUCAAAUGUAUUAGAGGCUUUAACUCAAGAAGAUAUGGAAAGACUUCAUUAUAGAAGAUCAAGGAAUUCAGAAGCUAAUCAAGAUGAAAAUGGUAGAUUUGGAAAUAAUGGUUUAGCAAGAUUGAAUGAUCUAGGUUUAGGUAUAGUGGCUAAAGAAGUUAAAGAUGAUGUGUUACCUCUAAGAAGUGGUUUCUUCGAUUGGGCCAUGGAAUAUUUCAGAGAACCUCAAAUGAAAGCACCUGAUGCAGAUGAACCUGGAUCGACAACGUAUAAUGAACAAGCUUGGAAACAUCUUCGUAAUGAGGCGAUGGUAGAGAGCAGUAGAGCAGCAGAAGGUUAUGCUGCCACUCAUGUCUGGAAUGUCGAAGCCGGUACUUUGCAAAACGAUUCAUGGCCUCUUCAAAUGGCAUUCCAUUCUUACGAUCCAGUAAUGGCUGUGACGGAUGAUGCUGAUAAUGUCUGUAUUUGGGAUUGGCAAACCAAGAAACGGUUGAACAAAUUCAGUAACCAGAACAUAGCCGGAAGUAGUAUAUCUUCCGUUCAUUUCAUUAACGAGAUGGCAAGUAGUCUGAUGCUCACGGCCUCUACUGAAGGAAGCGUUCGGAUCUUCCGUGAUUAUGAGACACCCAACGAGACUGCUUUAGCUUCAACAUUCAGAGCCGUCUCUGAGAUCCAUCCUGUAGCCCAUAGCAGUGGUGUUCUGACUGCUUGGGAACAACAAAAAGGUCAUUUGCUAGUUGGAGGUGAUAUGAAAGUGGUUAGAUUAUGGGAUGCGACUGUUGAAAGACAUUUACGGGAUAUCGCCACUCAGGCAGGAGCGAAUUUGACUGCUAUAUCAUCCGAUGAACCUGAAGGGAAUGUAUUCGUAGCUGGAUUCGGUGAUGGUGUAGUGCGACUCUUUGACAAACGUGCAGAAGAUGCUGGUGAAGUCGUGUUGCGGACUUGGAGACAACAUAAAAUAUGGAUACAAUCAGUUCACUUACAAAGAGGUAGUAUGAGAGAAUUGGUUACUGGAAGUAUGGAUGGUGAAGUCCGUGUAUGGGAUGUGAGAAAACCCGACGAACCAUUAUAUACAAUCCCAAGGAGAGACAAAGGUUUGAUGGCUUUAGCUGUACAUACCGGUGCGCCAGUCUUAGCGAGAACAACGGCUAUAACAUCACAUUCAACAAGACAAGAACUUGAAAUAACAGGAUUCAGUGAUCCUUUACAUCCAAUCAAAUUAGCUAAAUUAGGUAUCCCAUUAUCACCUUCAUAUAACAAUCCAUAUCACAAUCACAGAACGACUGGAUUCAUGCCUUCUGCUUCAUCACUAGUGUUCCAUCCUGUCGAAAUGAUGAUCGCAGCAGGAGGAUUCGAUUCUACAGGAACUGUCAAACUGUUUAAAUGUCCUACACCGAAAGCAGCGAUUCAGACUUGGGAACAAAUGAAUGGUAAUGCUAGUAUAAGCUCUUACGCAUGA